AUGAAUAUCACCGUUGUGAAUGUAACUGAAAUACCUCAGAAAGGUACUUUUAAUUUGGACCCAGGAAUGGAAAUGUACGGGAUUAUAUUAUUGUUGGUAUUUUACGCCAUCCUGUGUCUUGGCAUCUUAAGCUUGAACUAUUUGAUCCUGCGAGCCUUUAUGAGGACAAGAGCUCUUCUACCACGCCAGCGAAUUUUCCUCAGCUUCCUGGCCUCCAUAGAAUUUUCAGUGGGAUUGGUAUCCAUGCCGGCAUUUAUGUACAACAUGCUUUACUGGCCCAGCUAUAUGUAUUUCAUUUAUGAGGCCUUUGAUUGCGCUUCAGGUUUUGCUACCGGUCUCAUUCUUGUCAUUCUAUCAAUUAAGGUAUUGCGGGCAACGUUCAGAGCCCCAACCCGAUACGCAGGCCAUCCACGAAGACGUAAUCUAUACUUCGUCGUGGUGGGUUCCAUUGUCACUGCUGCAAGUGUCUCCGCCUUAAACAUGACAUGUCUUAUGAAUUACCUUUCCUUCUCUUUUUUCUUUUUCUCAGCUGGAGGCCUUCUAUCCGUUUUUGUACUUGCAAUUGGUGUUACAUGCACCGUUACCACAGUUACGAUUGUAAUUGGCAAAGAAAGCGACAAUGAACAAGACGAAGAUAGAAAAUUUAGGAAAUUGGUGUUGAUGUCCUGCGCUGUCUAUAUAUUCACAUGGGCCUUACCUUAUACACUUUUCAUUUUUAAUUCCUUUUGCGGAUUUUGCCUCCCGUUACCCCCUACGUUUUUUUACAUUGUCAGACUAUUUUUGUACUUGAGGUCAUUCCUCAUUCCCAUAACAUAUUUUAGAGGUAAUCCAUUAUUUUAUAAAGUUGUGAGGAAAAUCCUGACAAGAGACUGCCUUGGAAAACAUUUCAGAUACUAA